AAGCUGGCAGGCAGAGAUUUGACCAUUCCCCCCCUCAUUCAUAUAUUUACUACUUGCACUGUUAAAAGGCGUAGGGGUACCUAAAAUCUAUUUUCUCCCAUUAAAUUCAUAUAUUUUUUAAGAAAAGAGAGUGAGAGAGAGGGACAGUUUUUAUUCCAUCACCUCCUCCGCCUCAUCAUCAUCAAUCACAUAGUCAACACGUGUCUCACCCGGCGCUAACCGGUUACCGGUUUUCACUCCCCCUCCCCCUUUUUGUAGGUCCCACCACCGCCACCAUCGCCGCCGUCCCCCGCCUGCCCUGCCUUCCCCUCAUCACCACCCUCCCAUUCUCUUUUUUUUUUUUUCCUUUAUUUAUAAUUCGACUUCCGAAAACAAACAAAACGUAAAAACGAAAAAAAAAAAUUAUUUCAUUAAACAAUUUUUAUUUUUUUAUUUUGGUUUGGAGAGAGAGAAAGAGAGAGAGCAAGUUUAAAGAGAGAUAAAGGGGGUCUCUUAUAGAUUUUGCUCGCAAAGCCAAAACGAAAGCUCCCUCGCUCUGAUUUGCAGAGAAAAUCCAAAGGACAAAUUAACCAGCCUAUAGAGAAACAGAGAGAAAAAAAAAAAGAAAAAAAAAUUUAAACGAAGAAACACGAGAACGCGAAGAACAACAACAGCAAAUCAAAGGAACAACAACUGAAAAAAGAAAAAAAAAAAAAGAAAAGAAAGAGAAAAGAGAUAGUGUAUUAAUUUUUUGACGGAAAGAGAUUCAUUUCAUUUUUUUCUUCUUCUUAUCCAGUCAGUAGAAUUUGUUAAUCUUGACUGCGUUAUGUUUUGGGGGGAGAAAUAAAACUUGUGGUUGUUACAGUGAUUUGAAAAUUCCCAUUGUUAUUUUUGGGGAUUUUCCCGUCUGAAGUCGGGAGGGGAUCCUAAAGAGUCAUGUUGGAGAACCGGUGCUGCAAGUCCUGUUUGGUGUUUGCAAGCUCUUGUCAGGAAGAAAGGAAGUGGGCUUACAUGUACAAUGGGAAGCGACCACGGGAAUUCUCUGAAUCCGAUGGUUGUCAGGAAACCAAGUUGUCGAAGCUAUCUUCUGAUGAUUCCUCGAGUGACGAUAAUAAUUCUAAUGCUUCUUCUCCACAAGACUCAGGUGACUUUCUCUUGCCAGGUUCUCAUGACCAAUCCGGUGACGAUAGUAAGCGAUCUGAUUCUUCCUCGGAUACAGACUCUUCUCUUAUCCACCACUGCUCCAUUGGUCUAGACAAACCGGAUUUGGUUAACCAAUCAGACAGUGACAGCCUGUCAGAUUCUGUGGAGGAGUCACCAGAGGAACAGUCUGAGGAUGAUGGUGAAAAUGAUGAUAGCAGCUUUUCUGAUUCUCCCGAGGAUGGUCAUCGGAGUAAUGCUGGGGAUUCUUCGUCAGACUUGGAUGCAUUAAUCCAACCAAUUGGGAGAGAUAAUUCCAUCAGUUGUCUGAUUAGGUGCUCGAGGUCUGAUUAUGGUUCCAUUGCCUCAUUGAAUCGGAGUUUUCGCUCCUUAAUCAGGAGUGGCGAGAUCUAUAAGUUGAGGAAGCAGAACGGUGUUGUUGAGCAUUGGGUUUAUUUUUCUUGUCACCUCCUUCAAUGGGAGGCAUUUGAUCCAAUUAGGCAUAGGUGGAUGCAUUUGCCAAGGAUGCCUCCCAAUGAAUGUUUCAUUUUUUCGGAUAAGGAGUCCUUGGCUGUUGGAACUGAAUUGCUUGUAUUUGGGAAGGAGGUAACUUCCCAGGUUAUAUAUAGGUAUAGUAUUCUGACGAACUCAUGGACUACUGGGACCAGUAUGAAUGCUCCGAGGUGCUUGUUUGGAUCAGCUAGUCUUGGAGAAAUUGCAAUUUUAGCUGGUGGUUGUGACUCUCAGGGUAAUAUCCUGAGCUCUGCAGAAAUGUACAAUUCUGAGACUCAGAAAUGGGAGACUCUCCCAAGCAUGAAUAAGCCAAGGAAGAUGUGUAGUGGUGUAUUUAUGGAUAAGAAAUUUUACGUGAUUGGAGGAAUUGGUGGAGCCGGGAAGGAUGCACGGGUUCUCACUUGUGGUGAGGAGUAUGAUUUAGAUACAAAAAAGUGGACUGAAAUUCCCAAUAUGUCUCCUGGAAGAAGUGGAGCGGCCGCAGAGAUGCCUGCGGCAGCUGUGGCACCCCCUCUGGUUGCAGUUGUUAAUAAUGAACUGUAUGCCGCUGAUCAUGCUGGCAUGGAGGUAAAGAAGUAUGAUAAGGAGGGGAACUCAUGGUUGACUAUUGGAAGAUUGCCAGAAAGAGCAGUUUCAAUGAAUGGUUGGGGGCUUGCAUUCAGAGCAUGUGGAGAUCGCCUUAUAGUGAUUGGUGGACCUAGGGCUUUAGGUGAAGGUUUUAUUGAGAUCAAUUCAUGGGUUCCGAGCGAAGGGCCUCCCCAAUGGAACUUGCUUGCCAGAAAGCAGUUGGGUAACUUUGUGUAUAAUUGUGCUGUGAUGGGAUGCUAGAGAGAUAGAAUUUGGUGGCAUCUCGUGCGGUUGAAUGGUGCUGCGCUGCCACUGGGGUUUGCACCAUCGGUUUUUUCUUAAACACACAACUCUGAAUUUUUACUAAUGGUAAUUUCCCCUUCUUUCUUUUUUACAUCUUUACCCUUUUGGAUGGGGGAUGAUGGGGAAGAUUUCAGAUUACUCAAGAUUCAAUAGAAUGUUUUAUUGAUAGGGGUGUCUUGAGUUUUUAUUUCUUUUUCCAAACUUUCAUUCAAAAUUUCUUCGAUUAAAUUUGUCUUCCCCCGUUUUCAGUGACAUGAGAACUUGCAAAGGCUGGCGUCAUUAGCACAGGAAUAGGUUUAAUAAUUUGAAGUACCAACACAUUGGUAGGUUGCCAUUAGAGUUUGUUGAAAGCUUUUUAAGAACACAGAACUAGUCAUAUGGGUUUCUUCUUCCUUAAUUUUCUUGGAAUUGUCUUCAAGGGAGGAAAUAAGUUCCGGAGGCUGUUAUCUUAGAUGUUUGCUGAUGUACUGAUUACAUUGAUCAUUACAAUUGAUGAACUAUAUACUCCCAGAAAUUUUCUUAUGUACACUUUGGAAUCCUUCAUUGUUUUUAGUUUCUUUUGUUCAGUUGGAUGGUGCCAGUUUCUCCUUUUGCUCGAUUUUCUAAUUCAUAAGUUCUAUUCUUUCCCAUACUUUCCCGCAAUUAGUCUGAUAUAUUGAAUAGAGUGGAUGAGACUUUUUACUUUCAACUUCUUCACAUUUACGAUAAGUUAUAGAUUUUCCAGUUCAAGAAUCUUGAUAAAUAGAAUUGUAAUUAGGAAAUGCGAUACUAUCAUUACUAACCGAAAACUUCCUUUUAAGUAUCAAUCUGGCUGCAUCAUUGAAAGCAUCAGCCAGUCAGUAUAUUGUAUAUCUUUGAGAAGCUAGGUGUUAAAUUGCAAAUAUGGCAUUUGCUGUGCAAUUGUUUUGUGGGUGAGGUGCAAAGGAAUAUUUCAUUUAGAGUCUAGGUUUCCCAUAGACUAUUAUAUAGAUAUAUCGAAAGCAGUAUGUUAAUUGAGGAAACCAUGUCCUUCCUUAAUUAGAGAGGCUUGUAGUAUUUCAACUCUUUGCUUUUCUGUGGAUGACAUAAUGUCUCUGUAUGUGUGUGCUUUUCUUUAAUCCAUUUUAUUGCUGCAGGGCUCAUUAGAUGAGUAGUAAUGAAGAAUAUAUGGUGAGUACAUUUAUUGUUAAACUGAGUGUGUAGAUUUCAGAGAACUUUUUCUUUUAGUUGAUUUGGUGAAAUGCAAGAGUAAAAUGCUGCAUCUUGUUCGCCUUGCCUUGCUCUAUGCUGCAACCACAUCUUCGGAGUUUCCAUGUUUUAAUUUCCCGUUUCAUGCAAUGACUCGAUUUUUACUUGGCUUUGCCAUACUGAUUGUGCAAGUUCCAAGCCUCAUAAAAGUAGUAGGUAGUUUAGUAAGAAUUGGUAGUUUUAACUCUAGCGAGACAAGUAGGAGGAUGAAUCAUGAGAAAUAAAUGUGAGGUGGAAAUAUAUGAUAUUUCCUAGGACAGAAAAGAAAGGGGGCAGAAAAUUAGAUAGACAUUUGUCAUUUGAGUCGGAAUCUUUUUGAUAUUGUGUCACUAGCAUUAUAGCUAGGAUUGAUUAAUGAUCUAAAUAGAGUACAAUAGUAAAACCCAGUUUUGGUUUCAGUGUUAGAAAACUGUCAGAAUUAAUCUUAGAAGCUGUGUUUGUGAAUCAGUGGCUUCAUUGAAUCCCUGGAGCCAAUGGCAGAUAAUUCAUACACAUGUAUAUACGGUAAAUAUACUCAUGUCGGAUAUAUAGUCUGUUGGAUUGUGCAGCCAAAGUUGGCACAGAACUUGCCCUGGACCAUGUUGAUUGGGUGAUGAUGAUGAAACCAAGUUAGGCCUACCAUUUAUUAUGUUUUCAUCAUUUUGUUUUUGUGGUAAAACCAAGUAAAUUUCACUGUGAACAAAAAGCAGUUGAAAUUGAAAAGGAAAAAAGAAGGUACUGUACUGAUAUCUGAACUGAGCAAAUAUCAAAUGUGAAUAUGAUUCUGCAAAACAAAA